AUGUUGGUUGAGCAGCUGGCUGGCGCCCUGGAAGCGCUGAGUGCGGCUGCCGCACUCAGCAGAGCCGUGGGUCGGCACCAGCUGGCGGGAAGUCCCCUCGCACACUUCUUCUUCUUCUUUGGCGCUGUCUUCCUCCUGUCCCUCCCGUUUUACUACUAUGUGGUGGGCGUGGAUGGCCGCAAGGCUGCCGUCCUGGCCUCAUGUUCCAUGUACAGCGUGCACGGCGCGCUGUCGGCGCUGGGUGGCUACCAGCAGCUGCUGGCCUGGCCCUCCUUCCAAGUCGACCUGCCCAACACGCCGCAGCAGAAGCUGCUCAACGAGUUCUCUCUGGGCUACAUGGCAGCAGACAUGCUCUUCUUCCUCCUACCCUUCACGCCAGACGACCAUGAACACAUACUCCACCACACAGUCUCCUCCAUCUACCUCGUGGGCUGCCUGCUGCACCACCACGGCGCCAUCGGCUGCAUCAUGAUGUUCUUCCUGGCGACGGUUACCUCCCCUGUCUUCAGCGUCUUCACCAUUGCAAAGGAGUUGCGCCACCACAACAAGGCAGCCCUCCAGGUCUUCACGUUCACCUCCCCACUCUUUACAGUCGCCUUCAUCAGCGUACGCUCCGUGAUGGCACCCCCAGUGGUUGCCUGGUUUGUCUUUACACUCUGGUUCAGGAGCUCGCUCAUCCCCGGCCCCUGGCGCUUCGUCAUGGGAAGCUGUGUGUUGCUGGGCAUGGUGGUAUCUCAGAUUUGGUCUCACCGCCUGCAGCGCAGCUACGCCAAGCGGCGGCGCCACGCUUCACGGCUGGCUGGCGGCGGCGUUGCGGCCGGGGAGGUGAAGAAGGCGGACUGUGUGUAGACCGUCUGUCUGGCCGUGACCUUUUGUUAGGCCAGGAUUGUAUCGCCUGCUGCUGGCGCCGCCGCUGCUUUGCCGGAUGCAGCAAUGGCGCUGCGCUGCUCUGCUGGUGGCGCAUUUGGCUCGAUUGCCGCCCAAAAUGCUGCAGCGGCCUCGGCAGCCUCAGCCGGCUGGCCUGCCUCCACAGCUUUGACCAGCAGCAGCGCUUUGACAAGUGCCGUGUUGUCGCUGCUGCCCUCGCCGCUGCCCUCGCCAGCCGAUGCAACUGCAUCUGCCC